AUAAUCUGUGGUUACACGUAUUAUUUGUUUACACCGGUAAUCACCGGUAAAUAAUUCGUGAAGCAUGAUGACAGUUUCGUGACACCUUGUGAUCGUUAGGUUUUAAACGUAAAUAUAGUUACUUGAACGUCUAAUAUUAAAAUGUCGGCUGGACGCGGCGCUUUGAUAGUUUUUGAAGGUUGCGACAGAGCAGGAAAGUCUACUCAGGUGAAACUGUUAUUCGAGGCUUUGAAUAAACGAAACAUUCCUGUGGAAACACGUGCUUUCCCUGAUAGAAAAACUUCUAUUGGAGCCAUAAUAGGCAAGUUUUUAUCUAAAAAGCAAGAUUUCUCCCCAGAGACAGUGCAUUUAUUAUUCUCUGCGAAUCGAUGGGAAUGCAAAGAAGAAAUAUUGAAAACUUUGCAUAACGGUACUACACUUGUCAUUGACAGAUAUGCAAGUUCAGGUGCUGCUUACACAGCGGCUACAACUGGUAAAAGUUUAACCUGGUGCAAGGAACCUGAUAAAGGAUUACCUAGACCAGAUAUGGUUAUUUUACUCAAAGUAUCUCAAGAAUCUCAGUGCAUGCGUAGUAAUUGGGGAGAGGAACGUUUUGAAAAUAUUAAAAUUCAGCAAUGCGUAGCUGAGAAUUAUGAGAAACUGAAAGACAAAACAUGGUAUACUAUCGAUGCGAAUCAAGAAAUCUCAACAAUACAUUCACAAAUAUUAAAUAAAGUUUUAGAUGUUAUACAGGAAAUUAAAGAUCUGCCUGUAGGUGAAUUAUACAAUUCUGAUGCACUUGAUAACUCCACACAAUAAAAACUAAUUGUAAAGAGUAACUCUAUAUUAAUGUUAAUAAGAUUUAAAACUGUUGAUCAGAGAAAUAUAUAUAUACAUAAAACAGAAAAGUGAGAGAAAAUUACAUCUAAAAUUUCGUUUUAUAAGCUUACUUUAUUUGGUUCAUGAAUUUUAUCU